AUGCCUUGCAUCGCGCCCACUGCACCCCGUUUGUCCGUCCCUCGGCUCGCUGCCAUGUCGCCCCUCGACUGUCGCCAUCAUCGCGGCGCCCUCUGCAAAGCCGCGCUCCCCUCGGCUGACGAGACGCAUUCGCCAGAUCGCGCGAUCGGCGUGUCAAGCUCUCCGCCAUGCCCGCUCCGCCACCACUCGCUUCCGCCGCUCGUCCUGCGUCGCCCAGCCCUGCCGGCCCCCGACUCCACCGCUCGCUCCUGCCCCGCGCCACCCCCCGCUUCCCCGCCGUCCCCCCCUGCUGCUGCCAUGGCGUGGAGGGUCACCACGACAGACUCAGCAGUGCCUUGGGGGCCGGCAGUGCCGUCGCACGCCACCAUGCACGCGCCUAGCGCAGGCUUACCGGGUUGCGCUGAGUGCGGUUCGCCUCAAGGCUGUGGGCGCGAGGCGUCGUGCGCCGCGUGCGGUGCAUGGCGACAGCGGCUGCUCGCGCUCCUGGCCUCCGCAACCGCGAGGGUCCCGGGGGAUGGAGAAGGCAAGGAGCAAGGGCCGGCGGUAGCGGCGCACGGACGACACGACGAGGUGCGGGUGCAGCUGGGGGAGGAGCAGCAGCGACAGUCGCUGGCGCCGCCGCAGGCAGCAGCGCUGGCGCCACUGCCGUGCGACCGGCCAUGCGUGAGCGGCGGUGCGUGUGGCGCACUUGGUGGCGACAGUACGUCGUGUGCGGCAGCGGGAGUGCGUGGGGGUGCGAUGCAGGGGCACACGGAUGGUGGCGUCGGGGACAAUGAACGGGACGGGCGAGGCCGUGCCAUGGGCAUGGCGGGUGUGCGCACAGGGGGCGAGGUGCACGGCACGCAUGGCGCGCUGCAGCAAGAGCAGCGAGCGCGAGUGCAGGGGAAGGAGGGAGCAGUUUCCGCAGGUCAUGAUGGAGCAUCCCGCAAGGCAGCGCCGUGUGGCAGCGCGCCCCCGCAGAGAGAGCGCGCAGGUGCAGCUGCGGAUGAGCCGCGGUCAGGCAGAGGCCACGAGUGGGCCGCUCCCAGCAUGAGCGUCGCACAGGCGCCACCACGGGUGCUCGCACAGCGGAGCACAGAUGCAAGGCCAGCAGCAGAGGCAGCAGGCGAGGAGAGCCCGCCGUGCCUGGUGCUGCCGGUGGGCGUCAGCCCUGAACUGCUGCUCGCGUCACCAAUACUGCCGCCCACUCAUCGCACUUUCUGCCUCGCCACAUCGCUGGCAUCGUGCCACGCGGCUACAAGAGCACCUUCCUUUCAGCAGCACACUCACGGGCAGCACCUGCGUGCAGCUGCGGCCUGUCCCUGUGCGCGCACCAGCGCCCCUUGCACCCACCACCAUGCUGCACGCCUGACCUCCCCAGUGCGCGUGCAUGACAGCAGGGGGGAGGAGGUGGAGACGAGCAGGAAGUGGGGGGGUGGUGGUGGGGCAUUCGGGGCGCAAGGCGCAGGAGUGGAAGAGGGCAGGGUGCAGGCGAUGCAAGAGGCGGCAUGUGGCGAUGGGAGAGCAGGGACUGAGAGUGCGGUGGGGGUGCCCACCCACGCUCAGGCUGCAAUGGAAGCACGCUGCAAGGAAGGGGCCACGGUGGCUGGAGGCAGGGGGCUGAAGCGUGCGCGGAGGGAGGAGCGAAGGGCAAAGGGAGAGGGCAAGGCGGGUGAUGGGAGAACAUCCAAGGCGUGCAGCAAGAGGCAUUGUGCGCCACUCGAGUUGGCGUCCCGCCCAUGCUCCAUUGCUGCUGCGGACGGGGGGCAGCAGCAAGAAGCAGUGGGGGAGAGGCAGGCGGAACAUGAGGGGAGUGAGGGGCAGGGUGGAGGCAAGGGUGAGAAAUUGGUGGUGCGUGUGACAUGUGAGGAGGAGGCGGUAGAGGAUGGGUACAGGUGGCGCAAGUACGGUCAGAAGGUUGUGCGAGGAAAUACGUACCCUCGGAGCUACUUCAAGUGCAGCCAUGCAGGAUGUGUGGUGCGCAAGCAUGUGGAGCGAUCGAGCCGCCCACCCUUUGAUGUGGUAAUUACAUAUGAGGGUCGGCACAACCACAACCUACCAGCAGCAAAGCCAGGGCACGUGUACAUGUGCUUUGAGGGGGACGGGGUGUUCACUGUGUCUGCUGUUCCUGCGAUAGGUGCUUCUGCAAGCAGGGCAGAGAACAGUGAAUAA